AAUGAGAAGGCUGCCGCUGGUAUUCUAUUAUUUCCUUAUGCACUCUGAGGGUCUUUAGAUCUCAGAAAAGGCAGGAAGAAGCAGCUGUUCAGUGUGGAGUAACUUGUGACCUUCUAAAGCUCAACCAAAUCAAGUUUAAGGUGACUAGGGGAGCACUGUCAAACAUGGCUACUCUCAGCAGUAAUGAUGAGGAGAACUUGAAGGAGAGUCAGCACAACGUGGACGUAAAGGAGGAGCCGAGGGAUCCAGCCACCGAGACGCCCGACACGCUGCUCCCUCAGGAUGUGUUAUGUGAUUCCUGCAUGGACAGCCCCAGCAAGGCCCUAAAGUCCUGCCAGACCUGUCUGGUUUCUUACUGCGAGGCCCAUCUUAGACCCCAUCUGGAGAACGCCAAAUUUCAAAACCAUCGUCUGGUGGAUCCCCUCCACGACAUCGAUUGUAGGACUUGUGAGGUUCAUCAACGUCCUCUCGAGCGCUUCUGUCUGAUGGAUGGCUGCUGUGUGUGUCUGGACUGUGAGAACCAGGAGCACGAAGGUCACGCGACUGCAUCUGUCGGGGAGGCACGGACACAGAUCGAGACUGAGCUGCAGAAGAAACAAAAAGAGAUCAGUCAAAGUGCCUCAGCAGCUGAGAUAGCAAUUGGAAAGCUACAGAGUAACAAUGACUUUAUUAAGUCGUCAGUGCAGGAGGUUUGUGUUAGUGUUGAACAGCAGUUUGCCAGGCUGCAGACAACCGUGGAGGAGGCCAGAAAAGGGGUGGUGGAUGUGCUGGAGGGAGAGCAGAGAAAGGCCCUCAGACAGGCAGAGGGCAUCCAGGCACAUCUGGAGCAGAGGAAAACAGAGCUGAUGAAAACUGUGUCCCAGAUGAACAAACUGUCUCGGAGCAAGUCUGAUGUAGACUUCCUGCAGGAGUAUUCAGAGUGGAAGAAAGGCGUUGCAGAUGUAUGUCUGCCGAGUCCCUACAUCAACCGCAUGGCCCAUCUAACCUCUUUCGUCCAGGGAGUGACUGAUUCUACCCAGGAGCUGUGUGACCUAAUCCUCUCCUCCUACAAGGAAAAACUGAAGCAUAUCUGUGAAAGUGUAGGCACUAAAUCCCAGAUGCCAGAAUCUGAACAUUCACGCCUGCCUGAUCCUGAGACGCGAGAGGACUUUUUGCAAUACACAAGGAGCUUGACCUUUGACCCAGACACCACCCAUCAUUUCCUACGUGUAACGGAGGACAACAGAAAGCUGACCAACACCAGCCCAUGGCGGCACAGCUACCCAGACCACCCUAGUCGCUUCAAGUACUGGCGUCAGGCCACAACUUCAGACAGCCUUUACCUUGGGAGGCACUACAUUGAAGCUGAGCUGGGUGGGGAGGGGGCACAUGUGGGAGUCACGUACAACUGCAUCGACUGUAAGGGAGAGCAAAGCACCAGCUGCAUCACCGGGAACGACUUUUCCUGGUGCGUGGGAAGGAACAGCCGAGGUUUCUCUGCCUGGCACGCCGGUGUGGAGACGCCCUUGGAUAUCACUGAUAUUACAACACUUGGCUUGUAUGUCAACUUUCCCCGAGGCUCUGUGUCUUUUUAUGAUGCCAGCGGCCCUAUGAAGCUGCUCCACAUGUACAACGCUGAUUUCAUGGAGCCCUUAUAUGUUAUAGCCUGGCUGUCAAAAAAAGACAAUGUAGUUUCUCUCGUUUAAUGUGAAAUUAUGU